AUGAGAGUUAAGAAACCAACAUCUAAAAGAGUAUCUACUCGAAUGAGAGAAGGUAUCAAGAAGAAGGCCGCUGCCCAACAAAGAAAGAAUAGAAAAAUGGCCAAGAAAGAUAUAACAUGGAAAUCCAGACACAAGAAAGACCCAGGUAUCCCUGCCAGUUUCCCAUACAAGGACAAGAUUAUAACUGAAUUAGAAGAAGGUAGAAGAUUGGAAAGAGAAAGAAAAGAACAGUUGAAGCUUCAAAGACAACAAGAAAAGGAAGCCGCUUUGGCUAGGGGAGAAAUUGUCGAUGACGAUAUGGAACAGGAUGACGAUGAAUCUGAAGAAGGUGGAUUGGCUGCAUUGUUAGAAUCUGCCCAGCAGGCAGCUAAGGAAUACGACGGUGAUGACUUUGAAGGUGAAGAUGACAACAUGGUUGAUUCCGAUGAAGAUGUUGAAUACGACAUUGAAUUUGAUGACGAUGAAGAUACUGGAGACUUGGAUAAAUCUCGUAAAGCAUAUGACAAGAUUUUCAAAACUGUUGUUGAAGCAGCCGAUGUUAUUUUAUAUGUAUUGGAUGCCAGAGAUCCAGAACUGACCAGAUCGAGAAAGGUUGAACAAGCUGUGUUACAAAACCCAGGUAAGCGUUUGAUUCUCGUGUUGAAUAAAGUUGAUUUAAUUCCAACCAAUGUCUUGAACCAAUGGCUUGACUUUUUAAAGUCUUCAUUCCCAACUGUUCCUAUUAAGGCUGCUCCAGGCGCUACUAACUCGACCUCAUUUAACAAAAACUUGACCAACUCCAUGACCUCCGAUUCCUUAUUAAAAGCAUUAAAGAGUUAUGCUAGCAAAUCCAACUUGAAAAGAUCAAUUAUUGUUGGUGUCAUUGGAUACCCUAACGUUGGUAAAUCCAGUAUAAUCAAUGCAUUGACUAAUAGACACGGUGGAAGUGCCAAGGCCUGUCCUGUUGGUAAUCAAGCUGGUGUAACCACCAGUAUGAGAGAAGUUAAGAUUGAUAACAAGUUGAAGAUCUUGGAUUCUCCAGGUAUUGUUUUUCCGGAUGAAAUAAUAAACACCAAGAAACUUAGCAAGACCCAACAAAUGGCUAAAUUGGCCUUGUUAUCUGCUAUACCUCCAAAGCAAAUUAUUGAUCCAAUUCCUUCAAUUCAAAUGUUAUUAAAGAAAUUCUCUAAUAACCCCGAAAUGGCCGAUGGUUUAAAGAAUUACUAUCAAUUACCUCCAUUACCUUCAGGAGAUUUUGAAGAAUUCACCAAGCAUUUCUUGAUUCACAUUGCUAGAACUAAAGGUAGAUUAGGCAGAGGCGGUGUACCAAACAUGGAAUCUGCUGCUAUGUCCGUAUUGAAUGAUUGGAGAGAUGGUAGAAUCAUUGGUUGGACUUUACCAAAGGCUUCUAAGACCACUGCUGAAGAAGUUGAUUUGGAUGCCCCAAAGAGUUCAUUAAGAGGAGAAAAGGAACCACCAAAGGUUGAACAAACUACCAUUGUCCAAACUUGGGCUAAAGAAUUUGACUUGGAUGGUUUAUUGGGUGAUAACUUUGGUCUUAAUUAG